CGGUAACCGUGACGCAUGACAGAAAGGAUUUUCAGAAAACGUCAAUAUUUGAAAAAUAUUUUAAUUGAAUUAUUUAAGUUAAGAUUAGAGACAAUUAAGAUAUUGCAGGUAAUUUACCAAAUUCGUUAUCAUGGCUGAAGAAAAUAUUUUUAUAUUCGUACCAAAUAUAAUAGGAUAUGCAAGAAUUGUUUUGGCAAUAAUAUCUUUUUAUUUUAUGCCCACAAACUAUAUAAUUGCUUGUGUAUGUUAUGUAGUAUCUGCCCUUUUGGACGCGUUUGAUGGUCAUGCUGCCAGGUACUACAAUCAGAGCACAAAAUUUGGUGGUAUGCUAGAUCAACUUACUGACCGAUGUGGCACAAUGGGCUUAGUCACAGUACUUGCACAUUUUUAUCCAAAAUACAUGUUCUUAUUCAUUCUAUCAAUGUGUAUCGAUAUAGCUUGUCAUUGGAUAUUUUUACAUACAUCUAUUUUACAAGGCAAAACAAGUCACAAGUUUGUUGAUAUGUCAGAAAAUCCUAUAAUGAGUCUAUACUACACUAAUAAAAAUGUUUUAUUUACAAUGUGUGCUGGAAACGAAGCUUUUUAUGCUUCUCUCUAUUUAUUGCAUUUUACAGAAGGACCUAUAAUUGCAGGUCUCGGUCUAUUCAGAAUCAUUCUCUAUUUGACAGCACCAAUAUGUUUAGUGAAGACAGGCAUCUCCAUUUUACACUGCAUUGUCGCUUCAAAAAACCUGUCAAUUAUAGACGUGAAUGAAAGAAAAAAUGCUACUAAAAAGGCAUAUUAAAAAAUAUAAGAAAAAUCUCAUUUUCAGAUGAAACAAUUUUUUGUAUCUGAGUAUAUAUCUAUUUCCAUUUAAUUAUAGGUGAAAUUCCCUUAAUAUGUUGAAUUGAGAACAUUUUAAUCUCAAAAUUUAACUAUCAUUAGUCCUGUAGAAAUUGAUUUAUAUUUAUUUAUUUUUAGUUAUCAAAAUCUAAUUUAGAGGUAACAAAAUUUUAGGUUAUUUUUUGUUCUAGAGUCUCUAGGAAGUCAAAAUUUGUUUUUCGAAUACUUUGUCUCUUGAUUUAUUUUAUUGUGUUACUGUAUAUUAUUUGGUGUGUAUAAAUAAUUUGUACACAUUUUUUUAAUUGUUUAUAAAUAUUUUAUAGUAUGUUGUUAAUUUGUUUACUUGUCUACUUAAUAUUUAUAUUUUUAUUACUUUUUAAAUGUACUUGUUAGGCCAAAUGUUUGUAAAAUAAAAAUAGUAGUUCCCAA